AUCCAAUACAGGAUAAAAUUAGGCCAGCCAGGCCUUAUAUUGCUGACGGAGCUGGGGUGGCCAAAAAAAGCCUGGAGUGCGAGCCAACAGUGGGAGCUCAAGGAAGAGGGGAAAGCAAGCAGGAUCGUCGCUGAAAUGGCCACCAAAGUCGUUGAUCUGGUGUAUUGGCGGAAGUUGAGGAGGACCGGUGUGGUGUUCACAGGUCUGGUGAUGAGUCUGGCCAGUCUGUUCCAGCUCAGCGCCAUCACCGUGAUCUCACACAUCUGUCUGGGUGUCAUGGCUGUCACCUUCACCCUCCGCCUCUACUACAAACUGCUGGAGCUGCUGCGCUGGAACCCCGGGGUUCACCCCUUUGAGUCGUCUCUGAACCAUGACAGCUCUCUGACAGACAGGGAGACAGUGAUGCUGGUGGAGGAGGUGGUCCUGAUGAUCGCAUUUGCCCUCACAGAAAUUAAACGGCUGAUUUUUAUUGAGAACGUGAUAGACUCCAUUAAGUUCGUCCUGCUCCUGUAUCUGCUGACUUAUGUUGGGGUCUUUACCAGUGGCCUGACUCUGGUGAUAACUGCCGUGAUCGUUGUUUUCUCCGUUCCUCUGUUGUACAAAAAGAACAAGAUGCGUUUAAGGAGGAUGGUUAGAGCGGUCAAAGCUUUUGUAAAGAAAAUCAAAGACCUUUUCCUCAGUCUGUAUCACAAGGUGAGACCCUCUUCUGCUCCUGAACCUGCCACAAAACCUGCACCUGCCCCUGCAGCUGCACCGGCUCCCAAACAGAAAGCCAAGGCAAAGUAACUGGUUGGUCAAGUGUUUGAAAGCACCCACGAUUUGGGAUUCGGAAAAUGUUGGAAUGGUUACAUCAUCUGUGGGGCCACUUUGAGAGCCGGCUCAUUUCCAUUUCUCCACCAUGAUGUUCAUUAAUAGAAGCAAGAUAUAAUUGAUCCUGACAGCUGAAACAAAGCUGCCUUUCACUCACAAAGAAAGAGUGGAAGUGUAUGAGGAGAAGAAUUUCAUUUACUGAGAUGCUGUUUGUAGGCAAUGUUUAAUAUAACCAGUUCACACUCACAUACUCUAAGCAGGGGCAGAAUACCACCGUGUGUUUUUUCUUUGAUAACAGGUCUAUUUUUACAGGGAGCUCCAUGUUCCUGUUGAACUGCAGAAUUAUUCAUAAUGAACCACCGAAGCAUUAUUGCUGCUCUCAUUAUGUCUAUGCAGCACCAUAAAUUGUAAACUUGGUAGAAUACAUCUGACAUGCUGCUAUUAAUUAACAUUAAUGUUUUUUUUGCUUGCUAAGUUAGAUAUAUUUUAAAAAGCAACACCUUGCAACUUUUAUGAGAGUUUAAUGAGAAAUAAUGAGGAUAUAUGUCAUAUGCUGUUCAUGCUAAUUGCAUUUAAUCAGGUAAAAACUGACCUGCUGCUGCUCAUGGGGCAGAUUAGUUAUUAAAGAUAUAAAGUGCAGGAACAAAAGAAGUGAGAGCAAUUUAAACUCAGCAGUAAAUUCAAAUUGGACUGAUUUAAGCACAUAACAGAAGCAUUUUUAAUUAAUUUGCAGAUAGGACAACUUUAUUUCUGCUCUCAUAUUUCACCUCCUGGUUAAAACACUAACAGGCCAACACAUGUUUUGUGUCAGCCUGUGGAUAGAUAUUCACUACUAUUUCAGCUGGGUUCUGCUUUUUACCACGUCCUUAUUGACAAAAACAAAAUGUCAGUAAACAAGCCCAUUAACAUUUUAAAAGCUGCAUCAAUUAACUUGUGAAUGCUAACUUGUUGGUGCUUCCAGCUGACACAAAACAAUGCAUCAUUAAUUUGGAGUAUGGUUUCUUGCCACGAAAAAUAAAAUGUAUUUUAAUAUUUUAGCUAUCCUUUGUUCCCAAUCGAAACAAUGAACUUGUGGUCAAGUAAGCCAAAACAAUAUGCUGAAAGAUAGUAAAAUGCUCUGAAGGGCUAAUUGAAUAAUUAUAUGGCUUUGUUACUGGAAGCAACUUGUAAUGUUAACAUAUUGAUUGUAGCUGCUUUAAGCUUGCCAAAAUCUUUUUUUUUUACUUUUUCAAAUACUCCUGAAGAAAUUGUACAUCACCUUGGUUAGUGUUAAGUUGCCUACAUGAGUCUUAAGUUGUACAUAACUAUAAAUAGCUAUGACCAGAUACCCUGUUUCAGUUGCAUAAUAGUGUAAACCAGUCGCACUAUAACCUGCCUUAAGAGGACAUUUAAUUAGAUAAAACUACAACAACAAAACAAUUAAAAAAGGUCGAAGAAACCUUAAAGAGAGAAAGCGAUUUUCACAUUGUCAUUGCAUAAGUCAUUCAACCAGUGGUGCUGCAGGACACGUUGAAAGC